ACGCAGGAGGGGUGAGGUCACGUCUCCCGAGCCUCGCUCCACUGGCUUUUCAGAGGCUCGCCAGCAGCCGGCGGCCAGAGGUCCAGACCGCGCCGACCGUGGCUCCUCUGCCCUCCCUGCGCCGCCGCCGGCCUCGCCCAUGUCUCAGUACGCCCCCAGCUCGGACUUCAAGACGGCUUUGGACAGCAGUCCCGAGGCCAACACUGAAGAUGACAAGACCGAGGAGGACGUGCCCAGGCCCAAGAACUACCUGUGGCUCACCAUUGUCUCGUGUUUCUGCCCGGCGUACCCCAUCAACAUCGUGGCUUUCGUCUUCUCCAUCAUGUCUCUGAACAGCUACAACAAUGGAGACAUUGAUGGAUCCAGGCGACUUGGGAGGAAUGCCAAGUGGGUGGCCAUCGCCUCCAUCAUCAUUGGCCUUCUCAUCAUCGGUAUUUCGUGUGCAGUUCACUUCAUAAAGAGGACAUCUCUGUAGGCCACAUGGUGCUUGUGGAGCAAAGAAAGGACAGUUUUGUGACAUCAGAUCCAGAAGAGCUGGGCAUCACUGAACUAAAGUCCCCGCCUGUUUCUGACAGAACGCUGGGCGGACAGAAGACAGCCAGUGCAUUAGAAAUGUCUGGUGGUCAUUCUUAGGAGUCCGGCCUUCGUGUCCUGAGUUGCCCAAACGGAGUCAGACAAACCUGAAGUCUCUCAAAGUCAGAAAAUCCCCUGCUCUCGGGCUGCCAGAGGAAGUGGAGAAGCGAAUCGCACGGAGGUGGAACCUGUAACUGCUGCUGCGGAGAUCUGGGUACCAGCGCUAAUCUCUCACGUCCCCGGCCACAGUCUGCAUGCCUUCAGGUCUGACUUUCGGCCGGCGCCGUGGGCGUCCAAGCGAGGUUGGCUUGCUCCAGCCGUGUUUCUCAAAGCCUCGGAGCCACCUGGGACAGACUUGGCCGACGUGCUUGGGGAAAUGCAGAUUCUUGGGCCCUGAUCAAGACCCUGAGUGGCCCUGAAAUAUACAUUAUCGUGAACACAACCCCCCAAAAUAGUUCUAAGUAUUCUAAGGUGGUAGGACCACUGUUCCAGGGCUUUGCGUGUAAUGAAGAGCAUUCUUGCCUGUGUGGACACAUGCCUCAAAAUAGGGCAUUUUUACAUUCCUAAGAUGCCUGGCAGAAGCUUCCUAUGCUCCCUGGGAAGUUUACACACCUCCCGAGUUUCCCCUCCCUUCUCUCCUCGUGGGCAGGCUCACGGUCACAUAUCUGGUGCUCAGUGCAGUGGAGUGGAGCUUCCUUAGCAGCAAAACCAGCUGGCCAUGACAAAGCUUGGGUGUGAAGGAGACAAGGGUUGUCUACCAUGAAGAUGACCGGUGACACUUCAUGGAGCUCCAUCUUACUCGGGGGAUAGGUUGUCACGUCAGGGCGCUCGGUGAGCUUCGAGUAAAAUCGAAAUUGAUCUUGGAAGCAUCCACGGGAGGGUACCCUGUUCGUGCCUCACACACCAAAUCUCGAUCACCCCGUUCAUGUUUCCUCCAGUGUUGGAGGGGGUGCCGUUCCUUGGCGUGAGCCUUACUGGAGCCACAGUCCGAGCUCACAGAGAAGGAACAGGGGUCACCUGCCCCCUGCUCGUGAGCCCAGAGCCAGGCGGGGCCAGACUCUCCAGCUGCAUCUAAACAGCGGCUUUGUUUCCUUCUGGAGCCACGUGAACAGCUGAUUUGCCAUAAGUUAAACCCAUGUCAUGCAACCUCACUGAACUCCCAUCUGUGUUGGUUUCGCAGGCACCUAAUGAACCAGGCGCGCCCCCCGCUGUGUCUUAAAAACACUUGUCAUUUUUAGAAAUAAGAGCCUUCUUGCACCAAGGUUUCCAUUAAGGAAGAACUUGACUUCUGAACAAGGUUAAGGGUCCCAGCACCACCUCCCACCAACAGGCACAGAAUUAGCAGAUAUGAGCCCGCUCUGCACUGGGUAAGCUUCUGUCUCACAAACCGACUGGAAUGAGCCCUCUCUUCAUUGCGUUAGGAUUGGAAGUAAGCAUAUGUGUCAAGGUGGACAAGAAGUUGGCCUUUUUACAAAGCCACAAAAGCCAAUUCAUCUUUUCCACUGGAGUAAGGCCUUCAGUGAAUUAUUUUGCACAAAUGUGUCUUCAGAGAAUUUCUGUGCUUCCGUGCUGGAAAAUGGGGCAUAGUGACUAUUUCCAGAAGGUCAGGAGGCCUUUCUUUGUUGGUCUAGAUAAACUGAGGUACAGACAAGUCACACUGAAUCAUCGCCAACAAAGGAAGGAUUUUUGCUUUGAAAAGAAUGUGAGCUGGUGGACGUGGACAAAGAAAUCAGAAUAAACACAAAAAAGAUGCCCGACCUCACUGGUAACCAGGGAAACACAAACUAAAGUCACAAUGAAACGCUGUGCUUCUUUUGUCUGCCAGAUUGAAACCAUUUAAAAGAUGGCUGGUACCAAGGUUGAUGAGAGUGUGAAGAACUGGAUACUGUGGGUGGAGGAGUACAUUGGGGCAGACUUUGGACCUCGAUUCUGAUGUAUCCAUUAAACUUUAAAAUCCCUGUGCUCUCCAGCCCAGCAAGUCUACUUCUUAGUAACCACCCUAGACACAGGUGCACAAAAAGGCAUGUAAAACAGUCAUUAUUUUCCCUGAGCUGCACAUCAGAAUGGCCUGGGGAGCUUUAAAAAAACACCAGUGCCCAGAGCCCAUCCUGGACCAGUCAAAUUAGGAUCCCCAGUGACAGAGCUCUCCAAUGAUUCCCACGUGCAGCCAGGGUGAGAACCACAGGUGUGCAACGAUGUUCCUUGCAGCUGUGUUUGAAACAGCGGAAGCCCUGAAACGACCUAAAUGUCCAUCAGUGGGAAAAUGGUUUAAUACACAGUGGUUUACUUGCAGGAUGGAUUACACACUGUCAUUCAAACAUGGAAAUCUCUUCCUCGCUUGAUACGGGCCCAUGCGGUCUCUUUCCCAGCACUCUCCCCUCACUCCUCCACCUCAGCAACAAUGAAUUCCCCUCUCUUCUUUGAGCGACACAGAUAGGCUCCUGCCACAGGGCCUUUGCCCUUGCUGGUUCCUCUGCCUAGGAUUUGUUUCCUCCCGAAAUCCACAUGGCUUGUUCCCGUCUCUGCUCCGGGUGCCUGCUCCUAUGUCACCUGAGCAGAGCGGGCACCCCGGACCAGCCUUGCUAAAACAGCACCCACUGCCCAUUCUCCUUCCCUCUGUCCCCUUCGCCAACCUCACUUUUCU